CUCACCGCACUUGGUUCCCUUCGUUCUUUCUUCCACAAUUUUUUAUCAUGCACAAUCACGAUUCUUAAAAGCUGUCACAGUUGCUAAAAUGUGCUCAUCGGAGUGCCGAAUGAAACGCAGCUUCUCUGUUCCAGAGGGAAUGAGGAAGACUUCAGACAUGAGCCCGCGCCGUCUGUCAGAUAUCAGUCCUCAACUCAGACAGCUGAAGUCCCUCGUCAUCGAUGAAGCUCUAAAUGAAGAAUUAAAGUCUUCGAGAUCGGUAGAGUAUAUCAACAACGCAUCCAUAGAAGAGCGCAUCCUGAGGAUCACCGGUUACUAUGGUUAUGAGCCCUGGAACGCAUCUCUCAGAGAGGACCAAUCCAGCAGAGAGAAAAUGGAAGUGAAGGUAGAUAGCCAUGCUGCUACAGGAACUGUUCAGUCUGUUCGUGUGAACAGGCAGGAGAGACUGCAAUUCUGUUUGCUUAUGACCGCAGUCCACCUGCGCAGAGCACUAUGGGGUGUCACGGUGGUGAUCUGCAUCUGCAUGUCUUGGUCAGGCUGCACUCAGUUGGCUAAAAUAACAGUCAGACGCUUGAAUGUUCCAUUCACCCUCACUUGGUUCUCCACGUCCUGGAACUGUGUCAUCUUUCCUCUGUACUACUUGGGUCACCUGUGCUGUAGCAAAGACAGACAGACCCCUAGACAACGCUUCAGAGAGUGUUGUCAAUUCUUUGGAGAUGAUGGACUGUCAGUGAGGAUGCUGCUCUCUCGGGUGGCCCCAUUUGGAGUGCUGUGGACUCUCACCAGCUAUUUGUACCUUCAAGGCCUUCGCAGAAUCCCUGCCACAGAUGCCUGUGCCCUCUUCUGCUGCAGUCGUGCCUUUGUCUUCCUAAUAUCCUGGAUUGUACUGCGGGAUCGCUUCAUGGGAGUGCGGAUUGUGGCAGCCAUUUUAGCCAUUGGAGGCAUUGUUAUGAUGACAUAUGCAGAUGGUUUCCAUAGCCACUCUGUGAUUGGCAUCUCCCUUGUGGUUGGGUCUGCAUCAACCGCAGCUAUGUACAAAGUUUUGUUCAAGCUUGUUCUGGGAAAUGCAAAGAUUGGUGAAGCAGCAGUGUAUCUUACUGUUCUCGGUGGAGCUAAUUUGGUCUUCAUUAGUGCUGUACCUCUGAUCCUGCUUGUCACAGGGGCUGAGGACUUUGUUUCACCUGGAGAUUUGCCAUGGCCAAGUAUCUGUGGCAUGUCUGCUCUUUUGCUGGUGUUCAACUUCCUGUUGAAUUUUGGUGUUUUGAUAACACUUCCUACUCUGAUUUCUCUGGGUGUGGUCCUCAGUGUGCCUGUAAAUGCUGUCAUAGAUCGCUACAUGUGUGAGAUCCAGCUCAACAGUGUCCGUGUUAUAGCGGCAUCUAUCAUUUGCCUGGGCUUCCUUUUGCUCUUGCUGCCUAAGGAUUGGGACCAGUGCCUGCCUCAGUUAUGGUCCAUGCUGCACACACAGGAAGAGCCACAAGAGUGCGCAAGAGACAAACACUCAGAGACACUUCACAUCAGACCAAGAGAAGCCAGGAACUGCAAUUCCAAAACAACCGGUACUCCCAGUAUACACUGACCUGGUGUCAUUUUCAUGCCAUAAACACAUUAUUGGCACCAGAUUAGUUUCAUCCACAUUUGUGGUGCAGAACUGCACAUCAAAAUGGAAUGGCAACAAACAACUGCUUAGAAAGAUGAGAAGUUGAUACAGUUGCAUAUGAGGGUGCUAUUGUUAUCAUAUCUUAUGAUCCAAAGGAAUAUUGAACAAUUCUAUGCACAGCUUUAGAAUUUGCUUGGGUAACCUGUUACAUGGUUAAAUGGAGUGGUGAAAGUUUAUAUUUCAUUUUUGUUUACUCGUCCUCAUAUUAGUUGUUCCAAACCUGUAUGACUUGUAUUUUUCUGUGGAAUACAAACAGAGAUGUUAGGCAGAAUGUUAUCCUCAGUCAUCAUUCACUUUCAUUGAAUGGACAAAAGAUGCAAUGAAAGUGAAUGGGGACUGAAGCUCACAUUUUGCAUAAAAUCUCAUUUUGUGUUCCAUGGAAUAAAGAAAGUAAUAUGGGUUUGCAGAACAACUCACAUGAGGGUUCAUUUUUGGGUUAACAGCUAUCUCUUUAAGUGUCAAUGCACUGUUACAGGUCUUAGUGUUUGGAAACUGAAUGAAUGAGUAGGUGAGAGACAUUUUAUUACCUGCUACAGUACUACUGUAUGUCUGUAUAUCUAAUGUAGAUUUGUAUAUUCCAUUGUCGCUUCAUGGGUUGAAUGAAGUACCUAUGUACAGUAUAUAUACAAGUACUGUAUAUUGCCAGUUUCUCAACUGCUGACACAUCGUCACACUCUUCAACUUAAUAUUCCUGUUAUGUGCUAUAAUCUCAAACUGGUUCUAUUUACUCUGUGUAUGCAUUUGAUAGUGUUAUGGCCUCAUAUAAUCUGAAAGAAAGACAAUACCCAUGGAUUCUUCAGAUUAAUGUUACAUUUUAUCUCUAUCAGUGACAAUACUUGGUUCUAAUAUUCCUGUGGAAUUAAGGCUUAAUGUAAACCUUUGUAAGGAUGAUUUUUUUGUUACUACUUAAUAGCAAUAAUAAAGAAUGAAGGUACACACUAUGCAUGUUGUUACAUUACUGAAGUUAUUCAUAAAAAUUCAGAAAUAUAUCAAGGUUUAUCAGCAAGGGUUAAAUUGGGGCAUUUUGGCUCCUCUGAUUAAACAAGAAAAAAAAAAUAUUGGCAGUUUGUUCGUCACUUUAUUUUAUUUCCUGCAGGCACGCAGUUCAGGUUUUUUAUGUGUUCCAUCUCAAUUUAGCGAGUGUGCUCAAAAACAUCUUUAAAGUUCUUUAAAGUUAAUUACAUAAGUAUUAUGCUUCCGUGUAGUCUGUGUUGGAACCUGGUCUGCUAUAUUUGCCUAAAUGCAGGAGGUGGUGGGGGUUGUUAGGGUUCCCCCACCUCAAAAAUCCCAAUUUAACCCAUCAGUUAAGUCUAUCAACUGUUGAUCUUUCAAGCAUGCUUUUCCACUUAAAUAUAUAUAAAAUCUAUAUGCACAACCAUGAAUCACAUUUUUUUGAUUUAAUAUAGAAAUUUGCAGGUGUUGUUUAAAUAUAUAAAAACAAAAUCAGAAUUCACAUUAUUUUACAUAUUUCAGAGCCAUACACAGGAAUUUCACAUACAGAAUGUGCCUUACAGAAGCAGAUAAGAUCUAAUAUUUUGAGCACAAAUUAUGAUUUUAACGCUCCUGUGGUAUGAUAAAAUAAAUGCAAUAAAAAGCAAGAAACGGUAAGCACAGGAAGAGAGCCAAAUCAUGCAGUAACAACCCUAACAACAAGGCCCUCAAUUGUCAAUUCAUAAAAAUAUGCUAUGCUGGAAGCUUUUAUUGUGUUUAACACAAUGAUAUCCAUAUGACCAUAAUUAAAAUUAGGGAGGUACAACUAGAGUCCUUACAGAGUUUUCUUUAUAAUAACUAAAAGAGUAAAAGAUACUGGCAUCAAGAAAAACCUUCAUAAAAGAUUUAAAGGAAUAUUCCGGGUUCAAUACAAGUUAAGCUCAAUCGACAGCAUUUGCUGCAUAAUGUUGAUGACCACAAAAAUUAAUUUUGACUUGUUCCUUUUCUGUAAAAAAAAAAAAAAAAAAAAGGAAUAAUUGGGGUUAAAAAUUAGGCACUAAAAUUGAAAGGGGCAAUCCAUAAAUGUUAAAAUACUCAAAAGUAUAGCCACAAGACAUAAAAAAUAUGCGUGCUAACAUGAUUUUAGUGAUAAAAUCACUUACUAACCUUUUCU